AGGGUAGGCGCCUUUAGAUUCGAAUGCUCGUAUGUAAAUCUAAGAGCCCAAGACGGGAGAAAUUGGGAGGACCGGGGGAGUCCGUGCGAGUUCGGUGGAUCCGGUGUUCCGCGGUCGUGAGGUUGCCGCCGCCGGCCAUGGAUCCGGAGGGGUUGGAGUUGGAGAGGGAGAGGCACGUGUUGUUCCUGGAGAUGAUGAUGGAGAGGCUGCCGUCCGACUUCGAGACGCAGGAGAUCAAUCAUCUCACGCUCGCCUACUUCGCCAUCUCCGGCCUCGGCAUCCUCGGCGCCCUAGAUCGGGUUGACAAGGAUCAAAUAGCCAGUUGGGUGUUAUCCUUUCAGGCACAACCAAGAACAAUGUCUGACUUGGAUAAUGGACAAUUCUAUGGAUUCCAUGGAUCUAGAACUUCUCAAUUUACUAUCGAUGAUAGUGAGGUUUCAAGUCACAACUGUAGUCAUCUAGCAAGUACUUAUUGUGCUCUUGCCAUAUUGAAUAUGAUUGGCUAUAAUUUGUCAAACAUCAAUUCCGAGGCAAUCUUGAUCUCAAUGAGAAAUCUUCAACAACCUGAUGGAAGCUUCAUGCCAAUUCAUUUUGGGGCAGAAAAAGACCUGCGAUUUGUUUAUUGCGCUGCUGCCAUUUGUUUUAUGCUAAAUAACUGGACGGGAAUGGAUAAGGAAAAGGCUAAGGAGUAUAUAUUACACUGUCAGUCAUAUGAUGGUGGCUUUGGUUUAGUACCAGGUUCAGAAUCUCAUGGUGGUGCGACCUACUGUGCAGUUGCUGCUCUCCAGCUGAUGGGUUUUAUUAAUGCUGAUAUUUCUUCCAAACCUGCAAAAUCUGUGGUCGUUGAUGUGCCAUUGCUCGUGGAUUGGAGCUUACAGAGGCAAGCAGCAGAUGGUGGAUUUCAGGGCAGAGCCAACAAACCCAGUGAUACAUGUUAUGCGUUUUGGGUUGGAGGAGUCCUGAAAAUCUUAGGGUUCUACCACUUCCUCAACAAGGGUGCUCUACGCAGAUUUUUGCUUUCUUGCCAGUCUAAGUAUGGUGGUUUUACGAAAUUCCCAGAGAAUAUGCUACCCGACCUGUAUCACUCUUACUAUAGCUUUGCUGCACUGAGUUUGAUGGAGGAAGAAGGACUCAAGCCACUUUGUGUUGAACUGGGGAUCACUGCUAUAAAUGACAAUGGAAUCUGAGCAUCUGCAUUGAUGCAUUAGUUUCCUGCUCCAUUUGAAGUUAUUGCUCAAUUGGGAAAAAGAGCAAGUAGGUACAUUCAGUGGUGUUGGUAUUACUUCAGAGGUGUUCCAUUAAGGAUGUUAGGUAUGGGGAUUCCUUCAAUCCAGCAAUGAUAGAUGCUCUGGAAAUAACAAAAUCAUGGCUUCCAUAAUACAGUGUUAUUAGAACUGACUGAAAAUUUGUACCAUUACUUGAGUUAGGAAUUAUGUAUUUAGCACAUUUCAUGAAUGUUGGUUUUAAUUUCUGCUAAACUUUUUCUAUAUGCGUAUUUGUAGUGGGUUGGAGCAGGGUCGAUUAUAAUCUG